AUGUCGUUUCCUCCACAAAAUCUUCAAAAUUUCCAAGGUUUUGGAAAUUCUAUGAAUCAUCUGAAUUAUGCCCCUCGAGAUCCAUAUCAACCGAUUCCAGCCGAAUAUUGGCAAAACAUGAGUCAUCCAUAUUUCACACCGUCGGUUGGUACCCCGCACACAACUGGUAUGUCUUUCACUCUUUCGAUGUCGAAUGAACCUGCAACUCCAACUUUUGUCCCAGAGACUCAACUUUCCGACCGUGAAUCCCCAAUUGAGGUGGUCAAUUUAGAAAAGACGGUUUCAAAUGCUGAGGGUAUAAGAAAGCAUUCAAGUUGGACAAAGGUUGAAGACAAGGUCUUAGCGAGAAGUUUUGUCACUAUCAAUGAUGAUCCAAUAAUCGGCAAUGAUCAAAAGGCGGAUGCUUUUUGGGGACGAGUUGCAAGCUACUACAAUGAGAAUUUUUCCUUAGGUUCAAACACCAGAAGUGCAAAUGUUAUACGGUCACAUUGGCACAAUACAAUCCAAAAGAAGGUAUAUCGAUUCAACGCAAAUUACAAUAGUAUUUAUAGUUCAUAUCGAAGUGGUCACAGUGAUGAAGAUAUAUUGAGGUUUGCGUACGAAAAAUAUCUAUCCGAAAACAAUGGUGUUGCAUUCAAUCUCGAACAUGUGUGGAGAAUUGUCAAAGAUCGUCCAAUGUUUACUCCACAGUCCACUGAUCACUUUGUGGCCACAAAGAAGACGAGGACCUCAGAGUCGGGAGCAAGCAACACCUCCUCCAACCAAGAUGUGAGUAUAGACAUGGAUUAUGAAGAUACUCAUCCAAUGGGGCAAAAGGCAGCAAAAAGAAAGGGAAAAGAAAAAGUAAAAUCGACUAUGGAGGACCUGACAUCUGAAGUCGAUUUGAAACAAAAACAACUCGAAGUAGAGAUUAAGGCAAAAGCUGCAUUGUCCAAAUCUGAAGCUAAGAAUCGUCGCUUGAAGUUGAAGGAGUACGAAAUAUUGAACAAAGACACCUUGUAG